UAUCCUAGUCGUUUUAAAUUAAAUAAACUUAGAAGAGCGCCUGGUGCGCGCGCAAUUUAAGGUACACAAAACUCACCUUUCUGUCUUGCUGUUUUUUUUCUUUCAGGAUGCAGGGACAAAGCCGGCGUAGCUCGGAGGUGGAGGUUGCGCUUAUGCGCCCUGUAAGCACAGCUGGCUAAUAGCCUCGGAGCCCGUCCCCGACACCCUGCAGCCACACCAGAUUAGCAGUUGGCGUGACAUGGAUGUGAGCUUCACGAACGUGUUAGAGGGGGCUCGCCAGUACUUUCAGGGACUGCCCGUACCGAGUACAGGUGGUGGCGCGGCCACGUCAGUGGAUCACAAUCUCCACUCGACAUCCUCCACGAAUUCCGCCUCGUCGCACGAUCAUGACGCACCGUCGCAGCCGACUCAAUCGACUCAGUCGAUCUCGACUUCCGCCAAUAGCAACAGCACCAGCAGUAGCAACAGCAGCAACAACAAUAAUAAUAGCAGUGUCCAGGAAUCGAACCGUUAUUCCGCCGACAUUAGACCAUCGUCAUCGGUGGAGAGUAGCAAUGUGGCGGCCGGAUCUAGCUUCUGGAAUCCGCACGUGGAACCGUAUCCGCCACAGCCGACCAAGGUUGAAGUCCCGGACACGAGGCCAGGCGAUGAAGGCUCCGCCAUGGAGCCCAGCUCCUCUUCCUCGGGCACUGUUACUUUAACCGAGAUGCAACCCUCGAAUUAUCAGUCCUCUUCCUCUUCCUCCUCCUCCUCCUCCUCCUCCUCUGUCUCCUCUGUCGUGGCAUCGUCAUCGAAUUUCUCGCAAAGAGCGCCGACGUCAUCGGUGUUUACCACUUCGUCCUCCAGCGAUCACAAUCACCAUCAAUCUCAUCCUCCGGUGUCAAACUCGUCGCAUUUGCAUCAGAUGCAACCACCUCAACCAUCACAUUCCCCUGGACCGGUGUACCAGCAACUUAAUAACGUCAACAGGACAUCCUUCAGCGCGGCGGAGAUGCUCGCUUCUUCGUCGUCGCAUUCCGCUUCAACCUAUCAGACUGCCAAUAACAACGAUCGGCAGUCGCAGCCAAUCGUUGCGCAAAGGACUCAGUACUAUCCGCGUUAUCAUCAUCCAGAUAUCACGAAAUGCGCACCGGCCCCAUAUUCGCAAAGUUCUAUUUAUCAAUCUGCCAAUGUAGCGCAACCUUCGAGCACGAUUCAGCAACCGAGUACGAGACCGACGCCGGUGGAGCAGAAUAAUACGACGACAUCGUCCAGCGUUAUCAUUCAAGGACAUUGUCCGCCGGAACAACAACGAAUAUCCGGUACUUAUGGCAGUAACGUGCCACCAGCUCAAAGUCCUCUCGGCGGAUCUACGGUGUACGGAUCCGGCUCUUCCUCUUCAUCGUCUCAGAGCUACUGUUCCACGAGCCAGUACCAGCAACAGACCCAUCGUAUAGCGAGCGUUUCUGCUUCGAGCGUCAACGAUAGGUCACAUAGCUCGGAUGGGUUGCAUUCUUCCACCGCCGCUUGCUCCUCAUCGUCGCAGGCAGUCAGCCCGCGUCAGCCCGGGCCAGGGAGCUCCUCCUCCAAUCACAUUCCUUCGCAGUCGCAAUCGCAGAAUCUUUCGGGUCACAUUCCUUCGAUGCAUCCACCAUCCGUCUCUACUUCGGUGCACUAUCAUCAUCAUCAUCAACAGCAGCAGCAGCAGCAGCAGCAGCAACAGCAACAGCAACAUCAUCAACAGCCGUCGCUUUUGCAACAGCAGCAACAUCAGCAUCAGCAUCAGCAUCAUCAACAGCCGUCAUCUUUGCAACAGCAGCAUCCGAGUCGCGUAAAUGCAUCGCCACACUCGCACGGUUCCUCAUACGGAGGUCGCGUGUUGCCGUUGCCAUUACACGGCGCUCCAUCGUCAGCCUCCAUGACGGCGAGUCAUUCGCAGCAACAGCAGCAGAUGCCACCACCUCCAAGUGGAUAUCACACGGGAACGACGCCGUCGCCGCAUCACGAGCCGUCGCCUCGUCACGCAACUCCGUCGCCGCAUCACGCGACUCCGUCGCCACAACGGCAAUCGCCGCAUGUAUCCAGUCUACAUUCGCACGCCUCUCCGUCUCCUCAUCAUACACCCUCGCCGCACAACAGCUUCCAGCCGCAUUCGCCGACUUAUCCACCACCGCCGCCGCCGUCGUCGACGCAGCAGCAGCAGCAGCAACAGCAACAACAGCAGCAACAGCCAGUGGUUCCAUCGAGGUCGACACCGCAUUCGUACAACUUACCACCGGUUACCUCGCAACACUAUCAAACGAAUUACGUGGCGGCGGUUCGUGACGCGGCGAUGGGAUUGCCUUACGCACCGCCGCCACCGUCCCAGUCUUCGUACCAUUCCUUCCAAAAGACUCCGCAAGCGGAGUCUCAGGGGGAUAGCUAUUAUUCUCAGUCGAGCCGAUCUCACAGUCAAUCUUACAAUAUGCAACAAAUGUUGGUACCGUCGCAAACGGCGUAUCCUAGCACCCCUGGUGGCAACAAUCUAGGUAGCUACCAGCAAAGUACGAGCAAGCACGUGACGUACAAUGGUACGGAUGCUGCGAAGAGGGGUAUGAUGGACGUCACGACAGCGACGCCCUACGGCACGCAUCGGUCGCCUGCGCAGAGGAGCGGCAACACGCACAAUUUGCCACCCAUCGCUGCCCUCUCGUCUUAUCAUUCCAACAGGCGGGAACCGUUGGGCAAAUCGGCGCAAUCGACGGCACGACAACGAAUGCAGCCGACGAACGCGGCCAGCAAAGUCCCGUCCGUCGUGAUGCCACCGACUCCAUCGUCCAUGACGAUGCCUCCGCAGAGGCUCGCCGAAUACCCGGUGACCCCUGUCUCGGCAAUGAACCACGCACUACCGGUGAACGGUAGGACGACCACCGUGACGAACAUGACGUACAGCUCGCGGUACAGCGGUCAACAAAGCUACCCGUCGUCAUCGUACGCUACCACGAUGGCGCCUAGUCAUCAUGGUAACAACUCCACUAGUAGCACCACGGUGACCACUGUUGGUCACGGCGGUUCAAGUGGCGCGAGGUCUUCCGUUCCAGCGAUCCCCGCGUAUCAGUCUUCCGACGAGCCGGAUCGAUCGGCCGGAUCAACGUCCUAUCAUCACCACCAGCCGCCGACGCGAAUGACGACGGAGAAUUACGUCUACAAAGAGUAUCCUCCUUAUCAGAGUCCAGCGUCAUCCGGCAGUCAGGUAACCUCGGUCGCCGCCAUGGCGAGUUCACCGUCACCGAGCAACACGGUUCGGAAGAGAGAAUCUCCCCUGGACCUGUCUGUCAAAACUGUCAAGACGUCCGCCGAUUCCACGGCGCAGGACGACCUUGAAACCAUCAGCGUCGAGAAGCAUGUCAGUAGCUCAAAUCUAAGUACCUCUAGGAGCAACGUGAGCAGGUCGAUGCCACCUCCGGCUGCCGUGCACCAACCGGUACCGGCUCAGCCAUCGUAUUCGUCGUCGUACGAUCAUAGGCCUUCGAGUAACAGUUCGAGAAAUUCUAUGACCUGCGUCCGGGCGUCGACGCCCCAGACGGUGUGCGCGCCCAAGGUCGACUUCCUGCCGGACUUCAAUUCGACGCCGCUACGUCAUCAGUCGCAUCACGAGAAUCCUCUUCGCAGGAGCACCACGCAGCAGUUGUACGUUCCACCCGCCCAACCCGUCUCGUCUCAUCACGCGAAUACCACUCCACUGCCUCAUAUGUCCACAUUCAAGAAACGUCCACUGCCCACGUCGCCACUGUACGACGGACUGACGAUACCGCCUUCGUCAACAUCAGCAUCGUCGUCGUCGUCGUCGUCAUCCGCGUCUUCGUCCUAUCUCCAUACGAACGAUUCCGUGUCCUCGAGAUUUUCCAAGUAUCGACCGACGAUGGAGCCGUCUCCGCGUCUCGGUCCGCCCGCACUGCCCGCACAGGAUUACUCGCCUGAUCCGAGCAAAUAUUACUUGGCGGACAGUAGGGCCAAGUUCGACCAGCAGUUUCCUCAACGCGGCGAACGGACGGGCGCGUUCAAGAGGGCUGGCGAAGCUCUCUAUAGUACGGGGAUCCCCAGCAAACAGGCCAGAGUCGCUUGGCGAGUACCGAGUGCCGACAAGCAGAUUACCGAGCCAAAGUUGUCGACCACGUGCACGCUGAACGAGCAGCAGCAGAAGCGGCAAGAGAUGAACCUGCCGCCGCUUCCUCUGCCGAACGGAGCUCUGCCGACACCUGCCGGCGCCUACGAUCAGCGACCCGCCGACAGCGGCGGUUAUUCCGGCCCGGAAUCGUCCAGGUCGUAUCAGUCGGCGUACUGUGAUAAAAGGACCUAUCCGGAAUCCAAAGUUAUACGGAGCUCGCCGUCGUCGUACGGUCAUCCGGUGAUGUCGAAAUCCGCGAGCGUGCAUCCGUUGCCGCAGCAGUUGAGCGGCGCGCAACUGACCUAUCCCAGUUACCGCCAGGCAACUCAGAAGACGAUGUGUCCCCCGAGCGGGACGUCCGGCGGUCAGCCGGUGGACCAACCUAGCAAUACCGGCGCCGACAAGAGGGUCCUCAGCUUGCUGAGGAAUAGUCUGGAGAACAAACAGCAGAGGGACGAACAGCUAAACAGUUUGCAGCCGAUUUUGGCCAAUCACAACCAGCAGAGCUUCCAAAAUAAAGUCGUCGCGCCAGUCGAGCCCAAGACAAAUAUCGGCAGGCACAAUCUGUCACCGUUUACGGCAGCGAGCCUGCUCGAGCGUAACAGCAACACGCCGCCGCAUUACAAACUGCACGUUCCGCGUGCGGUAGACUCGAUCACUCAGGAGGCGCCGCGCAGCAUGUACGCCUCGAGAGUGAACGCAUCUGCCACGUUACCCGGCAAGGAGGCUUCCCUCGCGGGACCACGCGGCGCCGAGAAUCAGAUUCACCGUGACAAGGACGACGGCCUCGCCGCUAUCUUAGCCGCGAAGAUCAGGACGAAAGCGGAACUGAAACAAGUUGGAACCGGCCAAUUUACAACGAAAGCUUCCUCCGUACCAUCACAGAAUAUGUCAUCGACACCAAAAGAGAUCGAUAGCGCAGCCUCGACGUCGACGCCGCAAUCCGGCUCGUCCGCAGGCAGCCCACCAAAAUUAACGCGCGAGAAGACUGUCAGCCUGCCUCCUAGAAGACGUUUGUUUUCGAGAACCGACGAGGACAACAUGCCGGUAGCGGCGACCGUGCCUGCCGCCGCCGCCGUCGCGUCCACAGUUCCGGCAAGGGCGAGCGGAUGUAGAAGCUCCUCCGAGACAUCGGUCUUCGACUUCCGGGAGAGCGACUCCGAAGGCGAGAUGCCGGUACUCGAGCUACAAACCUUGGAGGAGAUGAGGAGAGACAGGAAACAGUUGUCCAAAGUGCAACCCCCGAUUCCUCUUAAUGACGCCGUGUGCAUGAACAUGGCAUCCUCGACGGAUCUCGUGAAGAUAGAGCUAAAGGAAAAUGACAAAAUCAACGAUAUCGAUCCAUUCUGGACUAAUACUUGUGAUAAAUUCAUGGAACAAUUACGAACGGGUGAUGCCGUAAAGAAGCGAGGACGCAGAAAAAAGAUAAGCAAUACCACAACAUCAAAGCUCGAAGAUACGGUUAAUGACAGUGACAAAGAAUCAGACAGCAAUGCGUCGCCUUCUCAAAUUAAGCCCGAAGAUAUCAAAAGGGAAACACCAGAGGCGAGUAAGGAAGAUAAAAAUUCAGUCUUUAAGGACGUUAAGAUUAAGAUAGAGCCCGGAUUGAAGAAGGAGGACGACAAACAUUCGAGUGACGAUUCGGACGAAAUUCCGUUAAUUCGAAGAACGAGGCAAGAGGUGAAGAAGGAGGAUAGCGAUUGCGAUGAAGAAGUGAUAUGCCGAAGAAGACGAAUUCGUCGCGGUAGCAAGUUCAAACUCGAAUCCUCCAGUGGUAGCGAAUCCUCUAGCGAGGAUAGCGAUACCGAGUUUGGCCAUGGUUCCUCGGUGGCCGAUAGACUUCGCGCUAGGAAGCGAACUCUGGCCAACACGUCCGAGGGUAUGAAGCUUCGUUCGAGGGACACUACGCCACACAAAGCGAAAACAGAGAAGGAAUCCAAAUUGUCGCCGCCUAAAGGCGGGACGUCCCAAAAGACAAAACCGAAACCACUGUUUGGUGACGGCAGCGAUUUCAGACCCGGUUGGGAAGAGGAAGUUUACGUGUACAAAAAGUCCUUAAGAAUGCCUACCAGAUUGAUAACGGUCAAACCAUCGCGUUUCCAUCGGUUGUCCACGUCAUUGCCGGAUUUAGAUCCCGGUUCGCCGGCAUUGUCCGUCUCAAUGGACAGUUCCGAUGUAUGUCUCGGUCGUAACAAGAGAAUCGUAGACAGUGAUAUGGAAUCCAAUUAUAGUUUCAGUAUCACGGGCAAGAUUGAUGAUGAGGAGGCAACUUCAUCCACGACAGUUUCCUGCCCUCCGAAGGCCAUGAAACAUUUCCGAUCGGAGAAUAAUUCUAUCGUUGACGUUCUCGCGCAGAAAGUCGGAAGUAGCGGUGGUCAGAAAGACUCGAAGAAGAAACAGAAUCUGAAGGGCAAUAAGAGCAGUAACAUUAAUAGGAGUAGCAACGAACCGGAACUUUUGCCAACGCCGAGUCUCGCACCGCUCCUGUCAUCCGAGACAUCGAAAAACUCUAAAAAUAAGAUGGCAAUGAAGAACAAUAAAAACCCGAUUAAAGUUAGCAAUUCCGAUCUCCUUGGUUAUUUCCGCAAAGAGACAGUUAAUAAUUUCCGUGACGCGUUCAAGAAUAAUCACGCGUUGCCCAAUGAGUUUUCUACUUUGGUGCUGAAAAGUCGAACGAGAACGGAGACAAAAGUACUGAAGAAAGAGACGACUAUACGCGAAGUAUUCGGCGAGGAUAGACCUGCGUCGGCUCCGCCGAUGCAGAAUCACGAUGACACGUCGCAAGACGACGAUUCACAGAAUGAAAUUCCGGAGAAUGCAUUGGGCAAGAUGCGAAUGUUGAAACAAAAGGUAGUGUCCCGUUUGAGAAACGCUGGUAUACUACGAAGCCACAAGGCGAUAAUGAACUCGAAACGUCGCCUAUUGACUGCCGAGAGGCGGAAGGAUCUGCUCAAAUCGCUCGCUAGUAAGAAAUUGCAUCGUAUCAAAACUGAGAUAGAGCAGGAAGAGAUCAACGACGCCAGGGAAGAGGAAAAUAACGAGAUGGAGGAUGACAAGAAUGAUUUAGAGAUUCGUAACAAAAAGAAAUUGAAGCUUCGACCUGGCCGGAGGAAAUUCCGUUCUGGAUUCGAUUACAUUCGCAAAAAGAAGAAGCCUCUGAAGAAAGAUGAAGCGUUGCCGAAGGAAAGAAAAAGACAAAGCCAAGCCAGCAAACCAAGCCCGGAAUGCGUAGCCGAUAUUCAGUCCGAGAUCAGGACAUGGGUUAUCAAAAAGGGUGUCGGAGAAACCAUAUUACACCGUGCUGCCCGUCUCGGUUACACGGACGUGACCGCUUAUUGUCUGGAGAAGCUUAACAGCGCGCCGAGUCCCAAAGACAACGCGGGAUACACGCCACUUCACGAGGCGUGCUCCAAGGGUCAUCUAGAGAUUGCGAAACUUUUGCUAUCUUAUGGUGCGAACGUUAGCGAGAGCGCUAACGGUGGCAUCAGGCCACUUCACGAGGCAGCUGAAAAUGGAGCUACGGAGCUUGUACGAUUGCUACUGUCGUACGGUGCCGAUCCAUUGUUGGCUACUUAUUCCGGACAAACGCCUUUGAUGCUGGCUGUCGACACCGAAGCUAAUUCUAUUCUAGAGCAGCAUCUGGCUGACAUCCAAGGUCACACUACCAUACCAUGGCCAUUCGCAGGUCCAUCUUCUAUUUUCGAUCCCGAAGAAACGGGUUACAAUCCGCUCGAGGAUGUUCCAAUGGACAGUCCCGAAUCAGUUGAACUAGAUGACAUCGAAAUGGAAGUAAGCGACAUUAAUCUGCCUGUCCUCUUCACUCUGAACAACGAUCCGGACAAGUGGGUGCUGCUUCAAGAUCUCAUGGCAGUUUUGAGGAUAAAGAGCCGCGAGGCUCUUCUCCGUCAGAUCAAUCCGAAGGCCCACUCUGGGCCACCUGCGAUCGCGCAUCGCGACGUCAUGCGCGAAUUGAAGCUGCCGGAUUUCCUGGAGCAGACGCGUUGCUGUCAUCUAUUGAGCGGUGGCGAGAGGAUCAACGUGCGUGGCUCCAAAGUCACGCUCAUCAAGUACAACGACAAAGUGAAAUCCCUGUUGAAUGUCGAAAAGGUGCUGAUCAAUCUUAGGUGACAAGAGGCAUCUCUGGGGCGUUCAUCUCCCCAGACAUCGAAACCAUCGACUUCGAUUCCGGCCAAGGAAAAUCAGAAGAAAGUCGAAGGCAAAGCUGCUAUGAAACGCGAGCGACAACAAGGAAAAAAGCGGCAGGAGACGCGUAACAAAAAUUCCAUAGAUUAAGUAAUCCGUUUUGUCGUAAAUAACUCAUAUAAAUGUAAUAAAAAUUAUAAAAGAAGUUCUUGCUAAAGAGCGAGUGUCAAGGACCAAAUCAUCUCGAUGAUUGUUUUCACAUAACGCGAAAAGAAAAAAAAAAGGGAACGAGUUAUUGCAUGUGGAGAAAUGAAUCCUAAAUAAUCAACAUGAAUCUGUUUGUUUAAAAAAUUCGUCCCCGAAAGAAAAGAAAGACUGAUUGACACAACAAUGAAGAUCGGUGCUUUUAUGUGUGUCCAAAGACUGAUUCUUUUCGAUUUGUCUUAUGCUUUAGAGAUAAAUCAAGUUGAUCGACACUGACAACCAAUGCUGAUCGAUUUUCUCUUUUCGAUCUCUUGUAGUGCAGAGUAGAACGAAAUUGACGAACUUGACUCUAAAGUGAUAAGAAAUACGCACAUAAUCGGUUUCGUUCCUUUAUUCAGAUGAUAAAUUUGUCAAUCGAAAAGUAAAAGGAAAUCGGUAAUCUAUCGGUAUCUAUCGAUAUUCUGCCGGGAGUAUAACGCGCAAUUAAAUUAACUUUAAAGCACGUAUAGCCGUGCAAAUGUAGUUUUAAACAAAAUUACUAUUUAAUGCGCAGCUAAAAAUAAGGGAAAACGGCUACCUGUGACAUUAUAUAGGCAGUAUUUAUCCAGGAUAUAUGCAUAAUAUGCGUAUAUCUAUAGAACGAUGAUGAUAUUUUAUUAAUUCUCUUAAGGAUUGAGUAAAUAAUCAGAAGUUCGCUAAACGCGCGCAAUGCUUUUAGGCGAAUGAAAAAAAAAAA